AUGAAUCUUCGAGGGAUACUCCAGGGCCUUUGCGGCCCAGGCCAUCAUGACAGAGCUGAAGUGCAUGACAGCCCUGGAGAUUUGCAUUACAUUCCUCUAGCAUUUAAAGUUCAUUCAUUCCUCGAGGCGGCCCCUCCGCACCAAGGGAACACGACAGAUGACUUAUACCCCAUACUCAGGCUUACUCUACGGCCUCAUCCAGGAUAUAACGAAGCAUCAACUACGACGCCUCCUUCCAACACCAGCUCAAGCAGCCAACAGCAGACUGCACUAGUGACACUGUAUGAGCUACCGGGCAUCAUUUAUACUCCAGACUGGGAUGAUUACCAAAAUUCUCUGUUCACUGAGGUGACAUUUGGGAUGUGGGACUUUUCAGCUGUCUCUGUCUCACAACCUCCUGGUCGUUGCAGAUACGAGAUGGCUUCUGCCAUCGAAGUUAUGGAAAGCAGGUGCAGGUUUAUGAGGGAGCGCUCUUGGCCCACGAGGGAUAAUGUGCCAGGGGCAAUUCCGCCGCUCCCCCAGGGCAUUCCGUGUGCCCCAGCACAUCCAUAUACGGGUGAAUCUAGUGGAAGCACGACAGACCAGAGGCAUUGCUCGGUAUUGAUUUAUCUCGGCUCGACGAGAGGCAUGGGCGCCAAGCACUUUUCCUACCGCAACGACAAGAUGUAUCUCAACCAGAUGAUUGAGAUGCAGCUGGAUGUUGAGCCGUUGGCUCGGAGAGUGGCUGUGACCCUAGCACUUCUACAUUGGGCUGUUGAGAUAGAUGCUUGUGGCGUCAAAUUUUAUCUGGUCACCUCUUGGGCCAGUCCGGGAGCGACACAGAACGUCAAUUGGCCGGCAUUCGCUCGCACCAAGCUCGAGGUGGACAAUUUGGAACAAGCUCACCACAUUGAGAUGGAUGACGUUGGCCUGGAACUGGCUGUCUCGGCAGCGAGUGCGAGCCAACAUAUUCCAAAACCGAAUCAGCGACUGCCGAUCCAGCGGCGGAUGUGGGACGCCUUUGUCUGCAGCUACAUUGGGGCGUCGGACAUAAUCCUGAGAGAAUCAGAGGAUUGCAGGGCACUUCAAUGGCCUCGCAUGUUUAUUCGCGGGCUUAUUGAGAGGGAGCAGCAGGUUUGA